CAUCAGUAAGCGUCGAACGCAACAAAACAAUGGCUGCCUUAGUUCGUUCGCUUGUCGUGAUCCUUCUGGCACUCUCGUUCUCCUCGUUCACGCCAACUGUAAAGGCAGCCUCGUGCACUAUUAAUUCAUAUGAUGAAGUAUCAAGCGUUGUGGCAAGUUGUACUGAUAUUACCGUCGGUAGUUUUACAGUACCAGCCGGAGAAAGUUUGAUAAUGAACAUGCAAGAUGGUACAUAUCUUACUUUCACUGGUUUAAUCAAAUUCGAGCAUUCAAACUGGAAUGGUCCACUCGUGCAGCUUAGGGUUACCAACGGUGUUAUCAAAGGAGACAGUAACCACUUAUUCCAUGGUCAGGGAGAAUCUUACUGGGGUAACACUGGUACUAAGCCACUGUUUAUGUACAUCAACGUCGUACACACUGGCGUCUAUGGAUUCAAAAUUAAAAAUUGCCCGGAAAGGUGCGUCGGAAUCGACGGUUCCAGAAAUUCUGUGUUUGGUAACUUUAUUAUCGACAAUGCGGAUGGUGUUAAUUUGGCACGUAAUACAGAUGGUUUUGACGUGGCGAAAUCCUCCGGAAUCACUCUCAAAGACACCACCGUGACUAAUCAAGAUGAUUGUGUGGCUAUUAACUCGGGUUCAGAUAUUUUAGUGGACAACUUUGUGUGUACCGGUAGUCAUGGGUUCGACAUUGCUGCUGGUCAGGAUCUCAACAACGACAAUUUCGUUACAAACGUUACUUUCCAGAAUUCGAUAUUGGUUGAUUCAAUGGUUGGGUUGAGCAUGUUAUCAGUAGUCGAUGGUGGAACUGGAGAAAUCAGUAAAAUAACUUAUAACAAUAUUAAAAUUCAGGGUGCUUCCGACUAUGGCAUAAUGUUCCAUCAAGACUUCUCCAACUCGGGGCAAGGUUCGACCGGUAAACCCGUUGGCACGGUAGUAUUUUCUGAUAUUACUUUAAAUGAUAUUGUUGGAUAUGUCAAUGGGCAAUACUCUGCGGGAGUUGUUCUGAGAUGUGCGGAGGGUUACUGUAAGAAUUUCAAUUUCAACUAUGUUGACAUCACUGGAGGAAAGUCUCCCGACGAGUGUAGCAUUCAACCGAACGGAUACACCUGCCAUUAGUUUUGACUUAUUGUAAAUAUA